AUGUCAACUGAAGUUCCAAAUAGUGUUCAAGCAUACAUUGACAAUGCCAUUAAUAAGAAUUCAAUAAACAGUUGGUCUUUUACCCUCGGUUUUUUAUUGGGGCAGAUAACAGUUGUGUUGCUGGUUCUUGCUUUUAUAAAAUUCAUGCUAUUGGAAGAUUCGAAAAACACAAAUAAAAAGCGUCCAAUUUUAUUUCCUUCACCAAUAUCUGCCACAAAAUCAAGCUCAAUACCAUCAUCGUCAUCUGCACUAUCGACUAUUCUUUCCAAAACAUUCUAUGACCCCAUUCACCAUUUACCGGAAUCAACGGAUUGGUUAAAUGUUUUAUUAGCACAAGCUAUAAAUCUUUAUCGUGAUGAUGCUCAAACGAAUAAUCGGUUGUUACGUGUCAUUGAUGAGGCUUUGAAUAGCGGUCUUAAACCUGAUUUUGUGGGUCCGAUCCAUUUAACUCAACUUAAUCUUGGUGAAGAAUACCCUUUAUUUAGUAAUGCUAGAAUAAUGCCAACGGAGAAAUUAGGAAGAAUGCGUGCGGAAAUUGAUUGUCAAUUUAAUGAUCAGGUUACGCUAGGAAUAGACACGCAAAUUCUUAUUAAUUGGCCGAGACCUCGAAUCGCAGUUUUACCUAUAUCGUUGAUGCUGUCUGUUGUCAAAUUUUCAACCACGUUAGCUAUUGAGAUUGUGAAUCCGCCUGAUACAUCCUCCUAUGUUGCUAUAUCUGCAUUGCCUGAUUUUAUUCUAGAGUUUGACGUUCAAUCCUUUAUUGGAUCACGUACAAAACUUGAAAGUGUACCAAAGGUGACACAAUUGAUCACAUCUAAAUUAAGGAAUCUAUUUCUUGAUCGUUUCGUAUUCCCUAAUUUCAGAAAAGUUGAAUUUCCGGAUUUAAUACAGAAAACUCCAAUCAUAUUACAAGAAGAGAGAAAUAAUAUCAAAAAGGCAAUCAUCGCUAAUGAUUAUUCUAUGAAUCAAGAAUCUGAACUUUAUCUAUCCUCUACAUCCGCAAAUUCGCGAUUUAUCUCUUCAAAAAUUAGUAAACCAGUUUCUGGUAUAGUAGGAAAAGAUCCACCUUUUUCUUAA